AUGCUGCGACAGUCUCUCAGCAUUCUCAAGCAGCUAGGAUCGUCUGCUAGAUCACAAGAUGCCAGUGAGCUUUUACAUGCAGACCUGGUUGUGGUGGAGCAGCGGGUGGAGCCAGCCAAGAGAGCAGCACAGAUACUCAACAAAAAGCUUCAAUUCUGCAUGCAGAGUCAGACAGGACCCGAUACUGAAAAACGGAUGAAGAAGCUCCCACUCAUGUUGCUGUCAAUCAGCAUGGCGGAGAGCUUCAAAGACUUUGACGCCGACUCGUCUUUCAGAAGGGUGCUGGAGAUGUGUUGCUUCAUGGAGAAGAAGCUGGCUAGCCUCUUAGCAGACUUUGAAAUCAAAGUGGAGAAGGAGGUUCUGGAGCCUUUGAAUAAACUUAGUGAGGAUGAACUACCAGAGAUUCUCAAAAACAAGAAGCUUUUCGCGAAGCUCAAUACAGACUGGAAUAAUGCACGACUCAGGUUCCAGAGCAGCACCGGUCCACAGGCCAAGCAGGACGGUCUCAAGGAGGAAGAAGAAGAAGCUCUGAGGAAGUUGGAGGCUAUCAAGAAUCAGUAUUCAGCCGAUCUGUAUCACUUUGCUACCAAAGAAGACGACUACGCAAGCUACUUCAUCCGCCUUUUGGAAUUGCAAGCAGAAUACCACAAACAGUCGCACGAGUUCCUGGAUAGAAAUAUAAGUGAACUCAAGGAGAAUCACAACCAGAAAGGGCCACCGGCGAAUCCCUUCAGACCAAAGGUUUUCGGAGAGCCUCUGGCUUCUCAUCUGCUUCAAAGCAAGCGAGAAAUUGCAGCGCCCGUUCAAGAAUGUGUGCAACUGCUGCUCAGAACGGGCAUGAAAGAAGAGGGUCUGUUUCGUCUGGCGGCAGCGGCUUCGGUGGUGAAGAGGCUUAAGACUUGCUUGGAUCAGGGGACAGCCAAUCUCAGUGAGUUCAAGAUGGACCCUCACGCUGUGGCUGGAGCUCUGAAGUGUUACCUGCGAGAACUUCCUGAACCCUUAAUGACCUUUGAACUCUACAAAGACUGGUUCAAAGCAGCAAGUGAAAAAAACCAUACAGAGAAGUUGGAGCAGUUCCGAACACUUCUGACGAAAUUGCCUCGUGAAAACUACAACAACCUCAGGUACCUGAUCCAAUUCUUGUCUUUGCUGUCGGAAGAACAGGCCGCAAACAAGAUGACGCCCGGUAACAUUGCCAUUGUCCUGGGGCCCAACCUACUCUGGCCACAAUCUGAAGGGGAGACCUCUCUGGUUGACAUGGCGUCAGCCUCAUCGGUGCAGGUGGUGACGGUUAUUGAACCUCUUAUUCAGUACAGCUCAGUUCUCUUCCCAGAAGAGGUGUCCUUUGAAAUUCCAGGCAUUCCUAAAGUCCAAGAUGACAAUCCUAUAAUAUCAGAACAGACGCCACUUAGCAGUACAGACUCCACCUCUUCAACUUGCUCAACGGCAAGCAGUUAUUCUUCAAUAUAUUUUUUUUCUUCUUGUAGCAUAUCCCCUCAGGACGGUGUCGGUGUGUCCUCUGGGAAGUCCGUCAGACGUCGAGCAUGGGCCACUUCUGCUCAAAAGGCAGCUACUCAAACAACAACGCUCGGCGGCUCGAUGCCAGAGCAGAACUCGACUCUACAUCCAGCAACGGCGGGUUCUGACCCGGGACCGAGUGCGGAGCAGCGCUCGGAACAGGUAGAGCCCGUUUCGGAGGCCGGUCCGAGCUCGCCGAAAGCAGUCGUGACCAUCGCCACGCCGAACAAACAAAAGAGAAUCCUGAGCGUGAGAAAAGGCAACAAAGCCGACAAACCAUUGACAGUUCACUACAAUAAGACUGGUGCAGCGGCGCCUGACGGGAUCCCGGCGGUGCGUCCUGCACCACCGGCAUCUCCAGCUCAGCUGUUUGGUCUGAAAAGAAAGUCCGUUAAAGCCCCUAGCUGUCCUCCGCCACUUCCCCCUGCAUCACAGUCGAAAGCGGCUCACUCUAUAGCAGAGUAA